AUGUUCUAUUCAGGUAUCCUUACCGAGCCUAGUCGGAAGGAAGUGGAGAUGAGGGAAGCUGCAUCUCUCCGACAACAGAGGAGAAUGAAGCAGGCAGUGCAGUUUAUUCACAAGGAUUCAGCUGAUCUGCUACCUCUGGAUGGACUGAAGAAACUGGGGACUUCCAAAGACACUCAACCACAUAACAUUCUGCAAAGACGCUUAAUGGAGACAAAUUUGUCAAAAUUACGAAACAACCGAGGUACAUGGACUCCAAAGAACGACAUCUCAGCACAGACCAAUAAGCUGAAUCAAACCAAGCCAGACAACCCAAAGAAAAAGGAGGAAGAAGACUUAAUAUUAGUGUGCUGUCAGUGUGCUGGAAAGGACAUGAAAGCUGUGAUUGACACCAGUUGUCAGUAUAAUCUCUUAUCGUCCGCAUGUUUGGAUAGACUGGGGUUAAAGGAGCAUAUCAAAACAUACAAGACUGAAGGUGAGAAGAUUUCAUUACCACGCAAUAUGAAAGUGAUUGGCCAGAUAGAACAUUUAGCUGUUACAGUGGGAACUAUCCACAUGGACUGUUCUGCAGUUGUCACAGAAGAAAAUGAGAAAAAUUUCUCCCUUGGGCUCCAGACCUUGAAAUCUCUGAAGUGUGUCAUAAAUAUGGAAAAGCAUCACCUUGUACUGGGGAAGACAGAGAGAGAAGAAAUCCCAUUUGUUGUUGAUAACAUCUCCACAAAUGGAGAGAACUCUUCUGAGGAAUAA